AUGAAGAGAGCAAUCUUGGUGCUUUUUCGAGCUUUUUUCGUAAUACCGUUUACAGCCGGAACCAGACGAAGAAGUUCCGGUUCAUUCCGGCUCUAUGAUUGCAGUACGUCAUCAACAGUCAUGUUUCUUUUACUUCUUGCGUCUAUAAUCGUCUUCACCGGAAGUCUUUCAAUCGCAAAUGGAGCCGUGCAACGUAUACUUGUGAUUAAAGUUAUUCUUACUUUCCUUGACGUGGCUGGUAUAAUAACUUGUACAUUGACUGGCUGUCUCAUUUACAAACAUGGCGUACCAUACACUGACUUGUCGAUAUCGAACGGAAGUAGAAAAUCAAAGUAUCUACAACUAGGAUUCCUGUGGUUGUUUGCGGUAUUGUCAGUUGUACUUUUUAGCUUUAAAACCGCUGUUGAGAUAGAUUGCUGGAAUUCGUUUUCAUGGAUACAAACAAUCGAUUCAAGCUUCCGCAUUAUGAUAAUACUUUGUUAUACUACAAUAUUACAUUACAUGUCAAGACACAGAUUUAAAAAGGUACCAUUAUUGAACUAUGCUGUACGAGUUCUGAUAUGUAUUUACAUUUGUUUUUGGAUUAACUCAUUUAUCCGGAGCAAAACAUUUAUAAACCCAAAUAGUCUGGUGACACACAAUCAUACCAUUUCCGACUGGCUACAAUGUGCUUUGAAUUCGACAUCCGGAUUAAUUUAUUACAAUUCUAAGAAGUAUGUAUUUCCCGCGUAUGCAGAGUUUCUAAUAUUAAGUGUUACCCUACUGAAUGAGUUCAGUUCUAUGAUUUCUUCAAAUGUUGAAAAAGACAAAGAAAAUGGUGAGAACAAUGACAACAACGACAGCACUGAGAAUAACGGCAUUGAAGAGAGGAAACCCUUAUUAUCUGUAUCAUAUCAGAUCGAUGGCCAUAGUGUGUCGUCAUCAACACAAUACAGUAUAACUAUGAUUGUCGCUUUGGCGCUCGCAUUACUCAACCUGGUCUUCCAUAUUCUGCACGCAUUGUAUCCAAUAGACACCAUGGCUAUACCUAUGGUAUUGUGUACUUGUGCUGUCAAAUCGAUCAUGGUUUUUGCGACGAUUUUUGCCUUUUACAGUACAGAAACCAUUAUGAAGUUUCCAACUGCAAGUGCUUUGACCUAUAGUACUAGGGAAAAGAUAUUCCUUGCAUCAGUACUGGCUAUCUACAGUAAGUAUUGUUUUGCAGUGAUGGCAGGUUGUCUAUCUUAUGACGAAACAUGGAAGUCAGUCGUUGCCAAAAAUUGCAUCAAUCUCAUUCAAACAUACUAUCAAAGUGUAUUUCUCCUUCAUGUUCCAAGAUGUGUUCAGAAUGCAAACUAUAACAAAUGUGUUGGUUUUGUUUGUAUAUGUGUGUUUCUUGGUAUUACAAACUUCAGCUAUUGGGUAAUAGAUAGCUUUAUCAUAGAUCAAGCAUUCUCAACAUUUCAAAAUAUACAUUUCAAUGUCCUAAAAACAACUGUAUGGCAUCUUCUGCACGACAUAUUUGGACCAUUGACAUUAUAUUACAACUUUUCAUCAGCUUUUGCUUUCCAUUCACUUUACAUGCGAUUUAGUCCAAAGUAA